AUGGAAAUAUUACAUGUUUGGGGCUUUUACAUAUCAGGAUCAAUGAUUGUUUUUGCGUUAAAGUCUUUAUUGAAUGAUAGAACAUGCAGUCUCAAACCAAACUCAGUUUCAGGUCAUACAUUCUACAAUAUCUUCUUUAUUAUCGCAUCAUGGGUAUUAUUUAGAUCGGAUAAAGAACAAAAGCCAUUUUAUCUUUUCAUUUUACUUCUCGCACUCAACUUCUCUCUUUGCGCUAAUAUUGUUGUUACGUACGUUGGUGGAUAUCAUUCCAUCCGUCAAAUGCUUUAUGGAGGUGUUUCUUCCAUAAUUGUAUAUCUUCUUUACCAUCUUGUAUCGAAACUACGUCAGACAUGGAAUAUGUUGACUAUUUUAGGCCUAUCCAUUCUCAUUACCACCUUCUUUGGACUCUUUAUUGGCGGAAAUAUCAGUUUCAUGGGAUAUUCGCCAGUUAUUCUAUGGUAUAUUUGCUUCUUACUCCUUCUUAAAAAGGCCAAAACUACAUAA